GAUCAAUAAGUUUCGACGUGUUUUCCUUCUGAGAUGCAUAUAUAUAUGAGAUUGUUAGACGUUAAUUCAUGCAGUAUUAGCACAGACCAGAAACAAGAAACUCGGAAACUAUGAAGACAAUUGUGAUAUUAGCAACCGUACUGGCGGCAGUUCUCGCCUAUCCCGCCGAUACUUACAACCCUCGCUAUGACAACUUUGAUGCCGAAGAGCUCGUGAGCAACAAACGCGUUCUAGAAAGUUACGGCAAGUGCUUUCUGGAUAAGGGUCCAUGCACUGCUGAAGGAAAUGACUUCAAAAAGGUAAUUCCAGAAGCGCUACGUACUUCUUGCGCUAAGUGCUCGCCGAAACAACGACAGCUGGUCCGCAUAGUUAUUAACGGUUUCAAAACUAAAACUCCUGAACUUUGGGAGGAACUCAAGAACAAAGAAGACCCCCAUGGCGAAUACAGAGAAACUUUUGAGAAGUUCAUUAACGCUUCCGACUAAAUCCUGUCGACAACUGUGGAUUGAAAAAUAACUAAAAAGUAGAUAUUCCAUAUUUCAGAGUAACUUACUUUUUGUAAAUUCUUUGAAAAUUUCGCGUCGAUUAUGUAAUACAUAAAACUUUUACACAUCACAUUGCUCUACAGAACUAUAUUGUAAGUAUCUAUAUAUAAUAAAUAUUUUUAUUAUA